GUAGCAAGAGUAGGGUGCAGAAGUCAUUGUCUUCCCCGUUUACUGGUCACAAACCGUCGUCGUUUUCAUUCUAUGCCUAAUUUCCUUUCAUUUCAGCCACCAUACCACAGUCCUUUUAAUUUCGUCGCAAAAUCUGAACCUUUUAACUGUCUCCUUCGCCAUUGCUCCUAAAUUACUUGACUAAGGGUAAAGCAAGGAGCCAGAGUCCCAGAAUCCAUGGAAACGCAGUAUGAAAAACUCGAGAGAGAAGACUCUAUUACCGACAGUUCCUCAGAAGAUGAGGAGCAGGAGAUAGAGAAGGAGUUAGCAGAUGUAACGUUUGAGGAAUUGCAGAAAGCACGCUCGAACGGGGCACAUGCUUUUAUUCAGAAACCCAAAGAAGACAAAAAGUUAAAAAGGGCUAACAAGAAUAGGCCGAUGGAGGCCAGUAGCAAGAAGCCAGUUUCUGCUUUUAGAGAAGUCAUCCAAGCUCCAAAGAAGGUUGUACGUGAUCCAAGAUUUGAAUCUCUUUGUGGUACACUUGACCCUGAAGGGUUUAAGAAGAGGUAUAAUUUCUUAUAUGAAAACGAUCUUCCAGCUGAAAGACAGGCUCUGAAGAAGGAACUGAAAAAAUAUAAAGAUCUGAAGCGCAUAAGUGAAAUAGAAGAACGUAUAUCAUGGGUUGAUAAACAAAUGAAGUCGGAUUCAACGAAGAAUAUUGAUACAGCAAUAUUGACGAAUCAUAAAAAGAAAGAGAGAGAAGCAGCAAAGCAGGGGAAACGUCCUUUUUAUCUAAAGAAAUCUGAAAUACGGAAACAAAGGCUGAUUGAGAAAUAUAAUCAGCUCAAGUCAUCUGGCAAACUUGAAGCAUUUGUUGAGAAAAGGAGGAGAAGGAAUGCUGCUAAGGACCACAGAUACAUGCCGUAUCGUAGAUCUGGUGAUGCCGAAUAAAUUUUGUAGCUUCUUAAGCUAUAAUUAUAUACUGGAAUAUAGCACCAAAAAGAAAAGUAAUAUAUGUUUUCUGGCUGCCAGCUUUGGGGAUUGAAUAUUGACGUUUGUUGAUGGCAUCAUGGCAUUUAAUUUGUGACUCUUGAAGAUUUACUAAUCAUCGGGGAAUGAAUUGGUGGCACUUGGCUACUAGGAAGUCUUUUGAGUCUGUGUUAUGUACUUGUAGGAGGGAUGUAUUUUCCAUUAUCAUUAGGUUACUUGUUUUAGGAACCGUUUGGUUAAGAUUUUCUCAGAAAGAAAAUCUGAAUAUGAAAAAAAAGGCUUUCUUAUUACUCUUA